AUAGGAUAAACAGGAGAAUUGUUUUCCGUCAAGUACUGACCCAGUUACAAAGCAAAAAGAAAAGAAAUCGCUUAGAUGAAUUCUUCGGGCGACUCAGACGCCGAGAGACAGCGUUUAAUUGAAACACCGAGUGUUAAUAUGAGUAACUCCGCAGUUUCAACAACAAACGCUAACCAAUCAAACAACACAACAGAUUCACCAGCAAGGAGAAUACGGGAUGAAGCAGAAGAUGCAGAAGAAGAGUUAAGAUAUGGAGCAAGCACUGUUAUAUCGUUGUUCAUCCCCGUCACACUAUGUAUGCUUGUGGUGGUAGCAACUAUAACAUCCGUGUCUUACUACACCGACCAGUCACAGCAGCAGUUUCUCGUAUACACCCCGUUCCACACAACAAAUGCAGCUCCUGCACAAGUGGUUUGGGAAUCAAUCGCAAACUCAUUGAUUAUGAUUGGAGUUAUUGUUGUAAUGACAGUGUUUCUUGUGCUGCUCUACAAAUACAGAUGUUACAAAGUAAUUCACGGGUGGUUAAUCCUCUCCACUCUUCUCCUUGUCUUUCUCUUUGCUUAUCUUUAUCUUGCUGAAGUUCUCCGAGCUUAUAAUACAGCAGUUGAUUACAUCACAGUGGUCAUUGUGUUGUGGAACUUUGGGGUGGUGGGAAUGAUUUGUAUUCAUUGGAAAGGCCCCCUUCUUCUGCAACAAGCAUAUCUAAUCAUUGUAUCAUCACUGAUGGCUUUGGUGUUCAUUAAAUACCUUCCUGAAUGGACAGCGUGGGUCAUACUUGGGUUUAUUUCAAUAUACGACCUCCUUGCUGUGCUAUGUCCUAAAGGACCUUUACGCAUGUUAGUCGAAACUGCACAAUCACGUAACGAGUCAUUGUUCCCUGCUCUUAUCUAUUCGUCUGGCAUGAUGUGGACCGUAGGAAUGGCACAAAACGCACCAGCUCCCAACCAGGUUCAUUCGGACAAUACCUCGAGCACCUCACAAGGUAGCGACACAGGAUUUGACGUGGCGUGGCAACGUAGGCAUAACAGGAACUCUGGGGAGGUUAUAAUAACUUCAAAUGAAACCCGUAACCAAGCCCGUCAGCAGUUGGGGCCACCACCGGAGGGCAGUGAAGAGGCGGAGGACAAAGGAGUGAAACUUGGGCUCGGCGAUUUCAUUUUCUACAGUGUAUUGGUUGGCAAAGCAUCAGCAACCGGGGAUUGGAACACAACCAUUGCGUGUUUUGUUGCCAUUCUUAUUGGUUUGUGUCUCACUUUGAUACUGCUUGCUAUUUAUCGCAAAGCAUUGCCUGCAUUGCCCAUUUCAAUUACAUUUGGUUUGGUCUUCUAUUUCAGCACUGAUUACGUGGUGAGACCUUACAUGGACUCCAUUAAUUCUGCUCAAGUAUAUUUAUGAACUACUAACCUACACAACUAUUUGUGCAAUGAACAAACAACUGGUUUCUGGCCAAAGUUACAGAUGUCAACUUGCCAUAAGCUUUUUAAAACCCUUGGUUGUGUGACAUCACAAAUACUGGUGUUACAUCACAAUUUGUAUUAAAUUAGUUCUAGUAUAUAGAAAGUUUUUUUAACCAAAUUCCCACUGUAAAAGUUAAACUAAAUUUCGAAUUAAUGUCAUAUUUUAGUGACAAUACAUGUAUAUUAUAAUGUUAAUAUGAAUUAGAAUGAUUUAGUGUUACUGGCCUUUACUAUUUACUUUGAUAUAUUAGCAGUAUGUACUUUUAUCAAGAUUUUGAUUCUAAAUUAGUAACAUAGUGGGGUGGGGGAAGAUGGGACACCUUUAGCACAUAAUAUUCAAACAUCUUGAUCUUUGAAUGUUCUUUUUUUACUACCAAAUGGGACGAGAAGAUAGAAUGAAAAUGUGUCCCGUCUUCCCCUACCCUGCUAUAUUAAAAAGUGAACCAGAAUUUUGUGGGUAAAUUGAAAUAAUGAAAUUUGGUUGAGUUUUUUUGGUAUUUUUUUUCUUUUUAACUGAAUUUUGUUGCUUGGUUUGGUAAUUUUUAUUUUUAAAUCUCAAAAUUCUGCAGUGUUUAUGCACACAACUUUAAAAAGCCUUAAAAUCUAUUUAAAUUUUGUAAUUGCCAUCGUCACCUUGUUUACACUGUCGUAAUAAAAACAAAGUUGUCAAAU